AUGUCCAAAACGCACCGUACACGCGUCCAGGCAAUGCUUGCGGACGAGGCCGUGCCGAGCGCCGGCGUAGAAGCACUGCAAGAAACACGCGCUGUGCCUGAAGAGGCACCUGUGCGCAAGCGCAAGGAUACCGAGAGUGAUACUGUAGCGUUGGAGCCCAAGCGGUCGCGCACGUCGCCGCCAGUCGAUAUGGAAUGGGAAGAGUUCCAGCGCACAGUGCUUACUCCUUCCGCAGCACCGCCAGCCAAAGCAUACGAUUAUGCCGUCAUAUCUGCGGAGCCAGAGCUUCUGCGCGAUCCUGCCGCGGCAAACGAAGCACGCGAGGCCGAGGCGCCCGAGACCGAAGAGGAGCAGCGCGCACGCAUGGAGCGGGCCGCACGCCAAGAUAUUCUCGAGCGCAUCGAACUGGAGCAGCGCGCACAAGAUGACGCGGACGAGCGCAUGUCUGUUGCCGAGCUCAAAGCGCAAGGAAACGCCAGUUUUGCUGCUAAAGAUUACGAGAAUGCGAUCAAGCAUUACACAUCUGCCAUCGAUGCCGCGAACCAGUCCGGCGAAAAGGAUGGCUUGCACGUCCUGUACUCGAACCGAAGUGCGUCGCAUGCUGGGCUCAAGCACUGGGACGAAGCACUGAAAGACGCGGACAAGACGAUUGAAGCAAAUCCCAACUUUGCGAAAGGCUACGGCCGCAAAGGCAGUGCACUGCACGGUGCGCACAAAUACGACGAGGCGGUUGCCGCGUACAAGCAGGGCCUCGAAAAAGUGCCAGAAGAUGCAGGCCUCAAAAAAGGCCUCGCCGAUGUCGAGCGUGCACAGAGCCCGUCGAUGGAUCCAUUCGGUGCGAUGUUCAAGGACCCCCAACUGUUUGCAAAGCUCGCAAUGAGUCCAAAGACGAAGCCGUACCUCGACGAUCCCAGCUACGUGCAAAAGUUGCAGGAGCUGCAGAGCGGCGCGGCGAAUCCCAUGACUGUCCUGCAGGACCAGCGCAUGGUAGAGACGAUGGGCGUGCUGAUGGGUGUGGACAUGCAAGCGUUCCAGCGCCCAGAAGACGUGCCGGACGUUGCCAAGCCAGCCGAGACACCCAAAGCCGCACCGCCAGCCGAGACGCCCGAGGAGCCGAUGCCCGAGACCAACGUGGACGCGAAAGUCGAUACCGGCGAAGCCAAAGCCAGGGCCGAUGCCGAUGCGCAAAAGAAGCUUGGCAACGAGCACUACCUCAAGCGCGACUUUGCCGCCGCCGCCGAGCACUACAAAAAAGCGUGGGAGCUGUGCAAGGACAUUACCUACUUGAACAAUCUCGGCGCAGUCUACUUCGAGGAAGGCAAGUAUGACGAGUGCAUCAAGACGUGUGAGGAGGCCGUCGAGCAAGGCCGCAGCAUGCGUGCAGACUACAAGCUCGUCGCCAAAGCGUUUGGCCGUAUCGGCUCUGCUUAUCUCAAGAAGGACGACUUGGACAAGGCCAUCUUUUACUUUGAAAAGUCGCUCACUGAGCACCGCACGCCCGACGUGCUUGAACGCUUGCGCAGCACCGAACGCGCGAAGCGCGAUCGUGCGCGCGCCGCGUACAUUGAUCCUGCCAAGGCCGAAGAGGAGCGCACGCGCGGAAAUGCCCUUUUCAAAGAGGGCGAUUUCCCAGGCUCUGUACAGGCCUACACAGAGGCCAUCAGGCGCAAUCCAGACGAUCCCCGUGGCUACACAAACCGCGCUUCGGCGUACACGAAACUCACUGCGCUGCCCGAGGCGCUCAAGGAUGCAGACGAGGCGAUCAAGGUGGAUCCCAACUUUGUCAAGGCGUACAUCCGCAAGAGCAACGUGCUGUAUGCGAUGAAGGAGUAUACCAAGGCACUCGAGGUAACGCAACGGGCUGCCGACGUCGACAAUGCGCAAGAGGGCGGCGCACAGCACCAACACGAGAUCCAAGGACAGACGAGCAAAUGCAUGCAGGCGCUCUACUCCCAGCGCUCGACCGAGUCGGAGGAAGAGACGUUGCAGCGUGCAAUGCGCGAUCCGGAAGUGGCGAGUAUUUUGCAGGAUCCGGUCAUGCAGUCGAUCCUCCAGCAAGCACAGUCGGACCCUGGCGCGUUGCAGGACCACAUGAAGAACACUGCAAUCCGUGCCAAGAUCCAAAAGCUUAUUGCGGCUGGCAUCAUUCGUACACGUUAA